UCAUUUUAUUAUUGUUUAAAUAUUAUUUAUAUAUUUAUUACAUUUAAUAUAAUUCAAUUCAAUUCAAUUCAAUUCAGUUCAGCUACAAUAAGUGCAGUUCAGUUCAGCUCUAAUCAGUUCAGUUCAGUUCAGUUGUUUUAUGCCGAAUACAACAGGCCCUAAGUUAAUUAAUAUAUCUUGGGUUAAGCAGAGUAGAUGUUUAGAUUAAAAUGAUAAAUGUCAGGUUUGAACUGAUACCUAUCUCAGUCAUAUCUUAGACUAAGACAACUUGUGACAAUUUUCUGCAAGACUUCUCGAUUAUUGUACUACCUUCGUUCCUAAAUAAUGGUUACACUUACACUUUUCACGCAUGUCGAUGUACUACUUUUAGCUUUUAUAUCUCUAAGUUUGUAUUUCUAAAAAGUCGAUAUUUUUAAAGUACAUAUCGAAAAGAAUCAAACAAGACCCCACAUAAUUAUAUUUUCUCCUAACCAUAAAUCACAAAUGAUAGUCAAAGAAAAAUUUAUGAAUAGUAUCAAAAGUGAAAGUGUUAACUAUUACUCCCUCCAUCCCAAAGUAUAGUUCCCAUUUCUGUUUCUAGUGUCCCAGAAUAUAGUUCCCAUUUUCAUAUUUAGUUCCACGUUUUUCCUUAAUUUGUCUAAAAAAAACCGUGUCCCGUCAUUUACUUGUUUCUUGAAUUUUGUUUUUUUUCCUUUGUUUAUUCAACCAAAAUGUUACAAUUAAUGCUCUUUGACCAAUUAUUCUCCAUUCUCUCUCCUAAAAUCAUCGUUUUCCAUACAACAUUUAUUUAAGUAAACAAAAAAAUCUUUACUAUCCCUCUUAGAUUUUACUUGCAUAAAUUACCAUGAAAAAAGAGAAAUGGGAACUAUAUUUUGGGACGGAAGGAGUAAAAAGCAAUAAAAAUGGUAUAUAAUAAAGGAUUUUUUGUCCAUAAUUGCUUUUACCUGGGACUUUUUAGUGAAAAACUGCCUUAUGAAAUUUUUUUUGCACACAACUGCCACUAAAGGGACUUUCGAUUGUUGACUGCUGCCAAAUAAAGUUUUCAGGCGUUGACUUGUGAUUUUCGACAACUUAAAAUCACGUGCUUGGCACGUGUUUCAUUUUUUACGUUUUUUGGACUCAAGACUCAAGUUCUUCACUCUUUCUCUCUCUUCUUUCACUCUCUCUCUCUUCUCUCUCCUCCAAUUUGGGCAGCAGAAUUGAAGCCCUACAGCUUCCAGAUGCAGGUAGGAUUUGGUUUAGGAGCCAUGGGUAUAGUCUUUUUGCUGGAAGGAAAGAUAUGAAGAGUGACAAGGAGCUUGCUGAAUUUCUUGAAUCUCCAGAAAGUGAUGGCUUUUACCACUUAUAUGUGGUCCAUGAGGAGAGAGGUGUGGGGGUAGAUUCCAACUUAGGGAACAAUAAUGCUGAGUCAGCUACCAUUAGUAGGAGACCACUAACAAACCUAGGGUUGGACCUAAAUAAGAAAGAUGCUUCAGAAAAGAAAAAAAAAUCACAAAAAACACAAAAAAGUGCUCCAAAAGCCUCUAUCAACAAGAACAGUACACAAACUAGAUCUCAAACCCCAAACAUUGCAACUUCAACAACUCAAACACACUCAACCUCACAAAAAACACCCCAAACUGCUCCAAAAACCUCUGUCAACAAAAACACUACACAAACCAGAUCUCAAACCUCAACAGAAACUUCAACCAGACCUCUUAGGCAUAGAGUGGAACCAAUACUCUCUGACAUAGCUUCAUCUGAUGAGGAUAGUGAUGAAGAUGACAGUGAUGUUGAGUUGAGUGAUGCUGACUUUGGGGACAGGGAUGAUGAUGACCUCUUUGCCGAGCAUGUUGAUGCAGAUAUCAUUGAUAGAAUUACUAGAAGCUUGGGUGGUUUAGGAUCAAUUAACACAAGGAGAUCUUUGGAAGUAUUAGAGGGUAAUUCAGAGGCUUUAGAAGAUGAUUUGAUUAUAGAUGAUGAUGAGAUUUUAGAUGACUCAAAGGAAGAGCUGCACAGCCCUAAGAAUUCUGAUGAUGAGGAGGAUGAUGGUCACAAGUUGUUCAAUCCUGAGGUUGACUUCAAAGGUAAAAUUCAACUCUUUCUUGGCAUGAAAUUCCCCUCCCAUAGGAUAUUUAGAAAAGCUUUACCAUGGCAUGAUGUACUAGAGGGCUAUGACUUUUACUCUACACAUAAUGGAGUGAGGAGAUUGACAACAUAUUAUAGGAAGAGGUGUGAGUGUGAUGGAAAAAUGGUAGAUUUGUUGAAUGUUCAUGUAAGUCAACUAGGAAGUGUGGGUCUAGAGUUCACUGUAAGCAGCUAGUGUCUAAGAAUUAUGUCCAAAUUAGAACGAUGGACCUGAAACAUUCUUGUGGUUUUCAAACUCAUAACACGAAGGUGACCUCUGAGCACCUUGCUGAGAGGUAUUUGGAUGACUGGAGGGACAACCCUACAUGGAAGUUAUUUGCAUUUAUGUUGAAAUGCAGGAGGGAUCUUGGAGUUGAAGUGAAGUAUCAUAAGUGUUAUUAUGCAAGGGAAAGGGCAUUUUACAUGAUUUAUAGGGAUGCAAAAGAGCAAUAUAAAAGAGUAUGGGAUUAUGUAGCAACAAUUAGGCAAUAUAAUGUGGGCACCAGUGCAUUUGUGAAGGUUGCAUCCAUUUAUAGGCCCCACCCCUGUUUCAAAGAAUGUAUAUUUGCCUUCAACCAUGCAAGGAAGGCUUCAUGGCAGGCUGUAGGCCUAUUUUGGGGUUUGAUGGUUGCCAUCUGAGGGGCCCAUAUCCUGGCAUAUUACUCACUACAGUUGGUAAGGAUGGAAACAAUAACAUUUUUGUUGUUGCCUGGGCCAUUGUGGAGGUUGAGAACACAGAGUCUUGGACAUGGUUCUUAGAGUUGGUGGUCAAUGAUCUUACCAGUGUAGCAGAUGCAAUAACCUUUAUGCUUGAAAGGGAAGAACCUGUCACCUACAUGAGUGACAGGCAUAAGGCAAAACCUAUCCUUAGUUAUGGUUUUAUACCCUCCUGUAUACCCUUGUUUUAUGCUUUUUAAUAUGGUUUGUUGUGUGUUGUAGGGUCAGCUUGAUGCCUUCAAGGCUGUUGUCCCAAAUGCUGAGACUAGGUUUUGUUCCAGACAUAUUUGGGCCAACUUCAAGAGGCAAUUUGUUGGUGAGAUAUACAGGCAAGAAUUUUGGAAAGCAGCUAGUGCAUCAAGAAAGAGUAAGUUCAAUGAGUCUAUGGAAUUUAUCAAGAAGUUGAAUGAGGAUGCUUGGAAAUACUUGAAUGCAAUCCCUGCAUCUAGUUGGUCCAAGCAUGCUUUUUUUCUAUGAAAAGCAAAUCAGGUAUGCUCCUUAACAACUGAUGUGAGAGUUUCAACAGUGUGAUUAGAGAAUCUAGGGCAAAACCUGUGUUGACAAUGAUGGAGUGGAUAAGGAGAUGGGUUAUGAAAAGAUGUUGUCAAAAAAGGGAGGGGCAUAAAAAGUUUCAGGGUGUAAUAAUGCCCUUAGUGGUGAAGAUGGUUAAGAAACACAAAGAGUAUGUUUAGAAUUGUGAUGUGACUCAGGAUGAUGUGUGGGAGUUUGAGGUGGACUAUGAGGGAGAUAGUUUUGUGGUUGAUUUAUGGAACUGGAAAUGUGGGUGUUAUAGGUGUAUUUUGUUAGGCAUUCCAUGUUGUCAUGCUUUGGCAUGCAUAGAGAAGAAAAGACUGAAUUAUGAAGAAUACAUACAUGAGGCUUAUCAUGUGGAUGCAUAUAGGGCAACAUAUGCACAUGCUUUCCAUCCUAUGCCUGGGCAGAAACAAUGGGACAAAACACAAGAACUUGAGCUCAGUCCUCCACCCAUCAAAAUCAUGCCUGGUAGGCCCAGUCUUAAGAAAAGGAGAAAAGAGCCUGGAUAGGGGAAGGUGGCAAGGGAAGUGAAGAAAAACAAGUGCUCAAAUUGUGGUUUUGUAGGCCAUAACAAGACCAAGUGCAAGAAUCCAACACAAGCUAAACAUGUCAAGCCCAAAGGAGGAAGGCCAAAGUCCACUGACCCAGUGACACAAAAUCAAUAAAAGAGAAAGAAUAUGAAGAGGAAGGCAGGAGAAUCAAGUGUUCCUAACUCUCAACCACCUCAGCAAAGUCAAGCAUCCCAAUCAAGCUGCAUCUUAAAUUAGUUUGCUCAUGUAAAAGGAUUUUGUCCCAAUUCCUUUUUUUUUUGCUUUUUUGUACUUAAAUUUGCCUUUGUAGGCAAGUAAGAUGAAUUAUUCCUUACUUGGCAAGUAGGAUGAAUUGUGCAAAUAUUGUAACUUUUGGUAUCAAUGUAAAUUCUGUUUUGAUUA